AUGUGGUUCACUGAAGGCGCGCAGAGCGGGUACCACUGGGUGGCCCUUGGCGCCUCGCUGAGCUCGGGUGGGGGCGGAGUGUCCCCCCUGCACCAGGGCAGCACGGUGGGCGACUUUGCAGAGCCAGAGCUCCUGAACCAGGCGCAGGCCCUGUGCCCGGCGCCGUGUGGCCCUGGCUGGGUCCCUUGUGGCAGCAGCAGCAGCAGCGUCACCGUGACGGUCACCGGCACUCUCAGCAGGCUGGGCCCUGAGAGACCGCACAUUCCUCGUGGCUGCCUGUUGGGGUGCUGCGCCUUUGAGGAGUGUGCCUUCGGGUCAGGGGCCGUGGCUGGGCUGGGGGCGCGGAGGGCACGGGCCCUGGGCUCAGGCUCGCCGGCCUUGCCACGCGCGCCCCCGUCGCUGGGGGGCGACGGGCCUCGCGUGCCAGCCGCGCCCGCCGCACUACGCCCUCCCCGCUGGCCUGGGCUGGAGCGUGCUUCCCGCGGGGCCGCCCAGGGCCACCUGGAGAAGCGCUCUGCAGAGCUGGCCAGCGGCGGGGCCGACCUUCCGCUGCGGGCAGAAGCGCUGGGCGGCCACGUGGACCGGGGCCCGUCCAGCCACGUCCAGGCUGCCGGCCUCUCCCGACACGGGCUGCCCGGGACCAGCACCUCGCCCGAGGGCUCCUCCUGGGGUCCUGGACGCUUCAUGGCCGAGAGGCUCCUGCCAGUGCUAUUCGGCGCCAUUGACACCUCUGGGCGCCACGGGCCCGGGAGCGGCGCUGCUGGCGGGCUGCUGGCGCGGGUGCUGGUCGUGUCGCUGCUGUCCAACGCGCUGGUGCUGCUCCGCUGGCCUACAGCGCCGACCGGCGCGCGCCUCUCGGGCGUCUCCCUGCCGAGCGCGUCGCAGGGCCACCUGCUCCUGGCGGCGCUCGAAACGCUGCUCCUCAGGCUGCUCCGCGUGCUGCGCGGGCCCAGCAUGUGCCAGGCCCUCCCCACGCCGCCGGCGCGCGCCACAUUACCACUCUGCGCUCCCAGUCUCACGUCGCUCACGGCGCUGUGGCCGGCGCGCUGCUACAGCUCGCGCGACGACCGUGUCUCCAUGCGGGCGCUCAUGCCGCUCGGGGACCUGCACCCUAGGUCCCCGCCCACGGCACCACCCAGCGACCCGACAGCUCUGGAGCUCCCGCGGGCACCGCCCCCUGCCCAGGCACCCUCGGGGGACAUCCACAUCCAAGACAAGCUGGGGCCUGGGGCACCCCCCCCAGGAGAGGAGGCCCAGAGCGGGGGGCUUGGCCUGGCUCACAGCCAGCAGGUCAACGGCCCCAGUCCUGGCCCAGAGUCAGGGGUUCUCAGCAGCGUCAGCUGGGCAUUGGGAGGUCCGCUGCCAGUGCCCUCAGGCUCGAGUGCCACAUCACGGCGCCGCCGCCUGCCGCCCACCAUGCCGCUGCCGCUGCUGCUGCUGCUCCGAGCCGCGCUGGCCGCCGCCUGGCCCGGGUGCGAGCCCGCCUGGGGCGCCGCGGGUGGCUGCCACGGGCCGUCGGCCCCAGACAGCGCCACGUGCGUGGACCUGCAGCUCAGCACCUGCAGGGACGCGGCCUACAACCGGACGGCCUUCCCCAGCCUGCUGGAGCACCAGACCCGCGAGGCGGUGGAGUCCAGCUCUGAGUACACGCUGCUGAGUGUCCUGCACCACCUCCUGGAGGGCCAGUGCAACCCCGACCUGCGGCUGCUGGGCUGCGCCGUGCUGGCGCCGCGCUGCGAGGGCGGCCAGGUGCGCCGGCCCUGCCGGCACGUCUGCGAGGCGCUGCGGGCUGCCUGCCAGGCCGCCUUCGACGCCAUCGACAUGGCCUGGCCCUACUUCCUGGACUGCGGCCGCUACUUCGGGGGCGAGGAGGAAGGCUGCUACGACCCGCUGGAGAAGCUGAGAGGAAGCCUGGACGUGGAGGAGGCGCCGCCCUCGGGUCUGCCGUUGACCUUCAUCGCCUUCACCCACCACCCCUACGCCCAGAUGGUGCGCCUGCUGACGCGGACGGCGGCCCGCUGCUCCCACAUCGCCAAGACCUACAGCAUCGGGCGCAGCUUUGACGGCAAGGAGCUGCUGGUCAUCGAGUUCUCGGCGCGGCCCGGCCAGCACGAGCUGAUGGAGCCCGAAGUGAAGCUCAUUGGCAACAUCCAUGGCAAUGAGGUGGCGGGACGGGAGAUGCUCAUCUACCUGGCCCAGUACCUGUGCUCCGAGUACCUGCUGGGCAAUCCCCGCAUCCAGCGCCUGCUCAACACCACCCGCAUCCACCUGCUGCCCUCCAUGAACCCCGACGGCUACGAGGUGGCGGCCGCCGAGGGCGCCGGCUACAAUGGCUGGACGAGUGGAAGGCAGAACGCGCAGAACCUGGACCUGAACCGCAACUUCCCCGACCUGACCUCCGAGUUCUACCGCCUGGUCUCCACCCGCGGCACGCGCACCGACCACAUCGCCAUCCCUGAGCACUACUGGUGGGGUAAGGUGGCCCCGGAGACGAAGGCCAUCAUGAAGUGGAUGCGGGCCGUUCCCUUCGUGCUCUCGGCCAGCCUGCACGGGGGCGACCUGGUGGUGUCCUACCCCUUCGACUUCUCCCAGGACCCCCAUGAGGAGAAGAUGUUUUCUCCCACGCCUGAUGAGAAGAUGUUCAAGCUGCUGGCCAGAGCCUACGCCGACGUCCACCCCAUGAUGAUGGACAGGUCGGAGAACAGGUGUGGGGGCAACUUCCUGAAGAGGGGCAGCAUCAUCAACGGCGCGGACUGGUACAGCUUCACGGGAGGCAUGUCCGACUUCAACUACCUGCACAGCAACUGCUUUGAGAUCACGGUGGAGCUGGGCUGCGUGAAGUUCCCCCCCGAGGAGGCCCUCUACACGCUCUGGCAGCACAACAAGGAGCCGCUCUUGAACUUCAUGGAGAUGGUGCACCGGGGCAUCAAAGGCGUGGUGAUGGACAAGUUUGGCAAGCCGGUCAAAAACGCCCGCAUUUCGGUGAAGGGGAUCCGCCAUGACAUCACCGCAGCUCCCGACGGCGACUACUGGAGGCUGCUUCCCCCAGGGACCCACAUCGUCAUUGCCCAAGCUCCUGGCUACUCCAAGGUCAUCAAGAAAGUCACCAUCCCUGCCCGGAUGAAGCGGGCCGGCCGCGUGGACUUUAUUCUCCAGCCUCUGGGGACUGGACCCAAGAAAUUCCUUCAGGGCCCUCGGAGAAGCAGGCCAGGGCUCCGUGACCCGCUGGGCGGCGCCGGCCCACACAGGGAGCCCGAGGAGCCGGGCCAGGAGCCGCUCGGGGCGCGGAGGCAGCCCGGCGCCGGUGAGAGCAAGCCCUGGUGGUGGUCCUACUUCACGUCGCUGAGCUCGGACAAGCCACGCUGGCUGCUCAAGUACUAG